AAGAGGAUGCACACUGCUCACAUGACUGGGAAGUACAGGACUUCAGAUCUGGCUGGAUCCAGGGACCCAGAUAGUCGUUUUCUGUCUCUCUGAAUGAGCUCCCUCUGGAUGGCUCCGUCUUGGGGCGCCAGGUUCCGGGGCUCCAUCCACGACCACCCGGACUUCGACCCCGGCCAGGACGCUGAGGCUCUGUAUACCGCCAUGAAGGGCUUCGGCAGUGACAAGGAGGCCAUACUGGACCUGAUCACCUCCCGGAGCAACCGGCAGAGGCAGGAGAUCUGCCAGAGCUACAAGUCACUCUAUGGCAAGGACCUCAUCGCUGACCUGAAGUAUGAACUGACAGGGAAGUUUGAGCGGCUGAUUGUGGGCCUUAUGAGGCCACUCGCCUACUGUGACGCCAAAGAAAUUAAAGACGCCAUCUCUGGCAUUGGUACCGAUGAGAAGUGCCUCAUUGAGAUCUUGGCUUCCCGGACCAAUGAGCAGAUGCACCAGCUGGUGGCUGCAUACAAAGAUGCUUACGAGCAGGACCUGGAGUCUGACGUCAUCGGAGAUACCUCUGGCCACUUCCAGAAGAUGCUCGUGGUCCUGCUGCAGGGAACCAGGGAGGAGGACGAUGUGGUGAGCGAGGACUUGGUACAACAGGACGUGCAGGACCUGUACGAAGCAGGGGAACUAAAAUGGGGAACAGAUGAGGCACAGUUCAUUUACAUCUUGGGAAAUCGCAGCAAGCAGCAUCUCCGACUGGUGUUUGAUGAGUACCUGAAGACCACAGGGAAGCCAAUCGAAGCCAGCAUCCGGGGGGAGCUGUCCGGGGACUUUGAGAAGCUGAUGCUGGCCGUGGUGAAAUGCGUGCGGAGCACCCCUGAGUACUUCGCUGAGCGGCUCUUCAAGGCCAUGAAGGGUCUGGGGACGAGGGACAACACCCUGAUCCGCAUCAUGGUCACCCGCAGUGAGCUGGACAUGCUUGACAUUCGGGAGAUUUUCCGCACCAAGUACGAGAAGUCUCUGUACAGCAUGAUCAAGAACGACACCUCUGGCGAGUACAAGAAGGCGCUGCUCAAGCUGUGCGGAGGGGACGACGAUGUGGCCACACAGGUGGUGCGGGCGCCAGGAGAAGGCAGGGCUGUGCUCCCGGCAUCCCCAGGCCCGGGGUCCACAGGGUACCCCACAGUGGUCCCGCUAAAGCCCACGAUGAAGGGAACCGUGCGCCCCACCAGCGACUUCAACCCUGACGCAGAUGCCAAAGCCCUGCGGAAAGCCAUGAAGGGUCUUGGAACUGACGAGGACACCAUCAUCGAUAUCAUCACGCAUCGCAGCAACGCCCAGCGUCAGCAGAUCCGCCAGACCUUCAAGUCCCACUUUGGCCGGGACCUGAUGGCUGACCUGAAGUCUGAGGUCUCGGGAGACCUGGCGAGGCUGAUUCUGGGGCUCAUGAUGCCACCAGCCCAUUACGACGCCAAGCAGCUGAAGAAGGCCAUGGAGGGAGCGGGCACAGAUGAAAAGGCCCUCAUUGAAAUCCUGGCCACUCGGACCAAUGCUGAAAUCCAGGCCAUCAGUGAGGCCUACAAGGAGGAUUAUCACAAAUCCCUGGAGGAUGCGCUGAGCUCAGACACAUCUGGCCACUUUAAGAGGAUCCUCAUUUCUCUGGCCACGGGAAACCGUGAGGAGGGAGGAGAAGACCGGGACCAGGCCGGGGAAGAUGCCCAGGUGGCUGCUGAGAUCCUGGAGAUUGCAGACACGCCCAGUGGAGACAAAACCUCCCUGGAGACUCGGUUCAUGACGAUCCUGUGCACCCGGAGCUUUCCACACCUCCGGAGAGUCUUCCAGGAAUUCAUCAGGAAGACCAACUAUGACGUGGAGCAUGUCAUCAAGAAGGAGAUGUCCGGGGACGUCAGGGACACCUUUGUGGCCAUUGUUCAGAGUGUCAAGAACAAACCUCUGUUCUUUGCCGACAAACUCUACAAAUCCAUGAAGGGGGCAGGCACUGAUGAGAAGACCCUCACCAGGAUCAUGGUUUCCCGGAGCGAGAUAGACCUGCUCAACAUCCGGCAGGAGUUCAUUGAGAAAUACGACAAGUCUCUCCACCAGGCCAUCGAGGGCGACACCUCCGGAGACUUCAUGAAGGCCUUGCUGGCCCUCUGCGGUGGCGAGGACUAGGGCCAAGGCAAGACACAGCAGCAGGGGUGGCCUCUGUGACCGAGCUGCCCUCCCCGCUCCAGAAGCAGGAGAGAGUGUGGUGGGCUUGACCAUGGCCCAGGGCGCCCACGGCAGCUCCUCCCACGCCGAGUGGCUGAAGAGCUGCAGCCCUCGCUCCUGUCCCACCAUCUGCUACCCCUCAGACCUCCCCAGCUUGCAUCCCGGCCACCGCCCAGCCCUGCUUCCAGCUUUGUCAGACCCCAAACACACUGAGUCUGCCUUUGAACCGCCUGGUGUGUGCACCUGAGUGGCGGAUGUGGCCGCAGGUGCCACUUUGUGCGCUCAUGUGGGCCGGGAGGGAGGAGCGAGGGAGCCUGCAUGGCACCUUGCACUGUUCUGAGUCUGUCUUCUUAACUACAAAAUCAGAAUUGGACAAAAAAAAAAGAAUCUUGGCUUCUCUUUUAGCACUGACUGCUAGAGUGAGUCUCUGACCCACUCCCUGAGUCCAUUCAUUCUCUUCACCAAAGAACAGACAGAGGCACAGACACUUCCAGUGGGGACCCCUCCUCCUGCCGAGGCUGCAGCCUGCUCUUCCUCCUGCCGCUGAGGCUUCCGAGUCUGCCCCACUG